AUGGUGCUUCCAAUUUCAUAUUACCCGAUUCAAGGAAUCUUCUAUUUUUUCUCUAAUUGGAUUUUGCUUAAAAGAAUUAUUUGUGUUUUAUUCAUUACCUUAAUUGCUACAGUUUUUGCAUUUGGUUUGAGCUUUGGAUUUUUACUUUCGCUUCAAGCCCAUGCUCUCAUAAGCGCGGGAUGUCCCGUAUGGCUUGCCUGGAUAGUUUCUUUCAUCUUUUGUUUAAUUGAGGCCGUCUUAUUUACUCUUAUCUUUUAUCUUAUUGUCACUCCAAUAUGGCAAGAUGCUUUAUUUGAUGAUGUUUUAAGGUUAAGAGGUCUUGGUUAUAUAUUAGAAAGAGAAAGAAACAUAUCAGAAUCUACUCUUUGUUGUCGAGGUGUAUAUUCUGGCCUUACAAUAACUUGUUUUCAAAUAUAUGCUCUGGUAAUGUUACAA